UUGGUUCGCGUCACGUCGCGUCUGCAUUAUAACCAGCUGCCAUCGCCCCUGCACCAACACCACGCAUGUCACGGUCCGUGUCAGCGGUAAAGUUUCGCGUGAUUUUCAAUGUCGCUCAGUGUCGUGACAUUACUUAAUCGAGUCUUAUUUGCAGAGAAGUCUGACUAAGUUUGUUAUUAUACUUCGGUAUGGAAUACAGUGUCGUAAAGUACUACAGGACUCUAAACAAGUGAUGAGCGACAGGAUCAAAGCUUGGAAAUAAAAAAAAAUAAAGUGUUAAAAUGUUCAUUUUGGGAGUGUUUGAAAACUAUUUGAUAACUGAAAAUCAAUAAACGUGAAAGAACCAAAAAAUCAAUACUUGAUAAAUUCUAAGCGUGCCAAACCUUCGUAUCGAACUACAAUACAAUAAUAUUAACAUAACUUCCGAUUAUUUACAUAUGAUAUAUUAAUUCUGUAGCAAAUGUCUUUGUCGGAUGUUCGUGCUGUCAACAAGAAACUUUAUUUUGUAUAGAAUUUGUGUAAUUGCUAAAUCGUGAGUGCGUACUGUAAGUUGUGUUUCGUACGCGUGUGAUUUGGUGUGAAGUUUAGUUUCCACCAACCAUCUGCUGGAUUUGAGUAGUGUUCUCUACCUCAUUUUGAUUUUACGGUCUCCUCAAAGUGCUAGUGUUUAUUAUACCACCACGGCACACCUGCUUUUCAGUGUGACACUUAUAUAUAUCCUUACGCUGCACUAAAAAAUAAUUGUAGCUGCCAAGUAAUUCGUUUUUAUUUUGUUUUAGCGACAACGAAACAUUUAGUCUUCCUGCUUACUUUAAGAAGAAGUUCAGUCGUUACACACAGAAGAUGCUUCCGCCAGUCACAAAUUCAUAAAAUAAAUAAAAAAGAAAAAAGGAAGAAAGAGAAAAAUGAAUUUAGAAAAAGAAAUACGGGAUGUAGUAUUCUAAAGGGCGUCUUGGCGUUUGCUCAAAUUUUUAAUACACGUGACAGAAAUGACUACCAAUGCCGAUGCUGGCAGAACUCAUAAGUUUUAGAUUUAAUGAGCGUCUCUACAUUUCCGUUUUGGCGUCGCGAUUUGAAAUCGCAUUCUGUUUGUAAAGAGGUCGUCUUUCUUCUGGCUUGUUCCUUCCAAGACUGUUAAUCUCUGUACGCCUGACGAAUUUCCUCAAGUUUAGGUUUAUUGGACCUAUAAGCCAUUAAGAAACGUACAAUGUAUCUUUUGUGUGUACAGUUGUUAAUCGUGCUUAUUUUCCAGUAGUACACAGCAGUCAGCACAAAACUUAUCAUCUUACGAAGUUUAUUUUAUGCCCAGUAAAUUUAAAGGAAAUUUCAAAGAAUAUCAAAGUUAAGGUCCUAUAAAAGUUCUAAGAUUUUCAGUUCAGUGAAUUAAUCUCUGAGUCCGCCACUCUCGGUUUAUGAUGAUUCAAGAAAGCCACUAUUCUUCCUAGCAGAAAAACUGAUUGCUUCACUGCAGAGCGUAAACUUCUACGAAAAGCGAAGGAAGAAAAACGAUUUAUGCGUCAGCAGCGGACAAACACGAAAUUUCUCAGAAUAACUCAUCGAAAUUUCAUGAAUUAUCACGCCUGAAACAUUCCGAACGUAUUUUAUCUCUUUGUGUGAAAAAUUCGUGUGUCUUUCCGAGAUUCAAAAACAAAUAUAAAUCACCUCUUGUUUCUAAUAAAAGAAUCCUUUUACAAAGAUAAACAGAUAAGAAUUCUAUGCAUUUUUCUAAAUGAAUCAGUAGGAAUCCGUUUGUAUAAGACAGAAAACUGCAAAGUGAAACAUUGGUGAAGACAUUCUGCCCCCCCCAGAAAGCUGUUUCUUCGUUCACAUGUACCUGGGAACUCGGACCAUUGUGUCUGGCGUCGACACGAAAAACUCGAGGACUACAGCUACCGCCAUGGUCCAAUGGGCGAUCUCCAGAGCCCUCUCCCUACUUGGAUUCGCCAUUUUGGUUCACCUCAUUGUCAUGACUUCCGUAGCUGAGAAAGACUCUAGAGCUCUCUUGCGGGAGGAACGCAGUUACGAGAGUCACAGGAGCUCGAGACAUCGAGCGGCUGAGGCGAAAAACCUGGUCCAAAACACCGGAUCUUCGUCCGUCUUCACCACCGAGAACUCCACUGUGGUCAUCGCACAGACUGCCAGCACCACCACUCUGCCUUGCGGGGUCAGGAAGUUUGGCAACGGAGUCGUGUCGUGGAUUCGACGGAAGGAUUUCCACUUAUUGACGGUCGGCUUGGCAACCUACAGCAGUGACGAUCGCUUCCUGGUGGAACACGCUAGACAUCUACAGAACUGGGGACUUCAAAUAAAAUUUGUGCAGCCCCGCGAUGAGGGUUGGUACGAAUGUCAGGUGUCCACUCACCCACCAACAAGCAUAUUCGUGGAGCUCAGGGUCAUAGAAGCGGCAGCCGAGAUUCUGGGAGCGCCGGACCUGCAUAUUAAGAGCGGCAGCAAACUACGGCUUGUCUGCACACUUCGCCAGAGCACGGAGGCGCCCGUGUACGUGUUCUGGUAUCACGAGGACCAUAUGAUCAACUACGACAAGGACCGCGGCGUGGAGGUACGCAACGACCGCUCCAGCAGUGUUCUCGUCGUGGCUGAGGCGCAGAAGAGUGACUCUGGUAAUUACUCAUGCGUGCCAUCCAACGCGCGACCUGCCAGCAUCAAUGUUCACGUACUCAACGGCGAGAAGCCAGCGGCAAUGCAACAUGGGAGUAGAAGUUCGGCUCGCCGUUCAGUCCACACCGCACUGCCUCUUUGUACGAGCAUGUGCGUCAUACUUCUCUGGUCGACGCUAAAAGGCGUGUCGACCGAUACUCUAGGACUCCCGACGCCAGUAACGACGACUAUCAGAUGAGAUAUAUCACGACGUUUCAAAAAGUGCUUCAUACGUGACGAACACAUCUCUCGGGCUUCAGAGUAAACUUCAGUGCUUAUCUGUCCUUCGUGAUCAAGGUAUCCAUCAGAUGUGUCAUGUCCCACAGACAGUUCUGAUACCCAUGGGUCUCUUAGAUCGUGGGGCAUGUGAACGGAGCUCCAGACUGGAUUUCAUACUUCCAAAAAUUCUUUAUAUAUUCCUUAUUUUAUAAAUAAUAACUGUAAGUUCACGUUUAAAAUUAACUACUUGGGACUGGAAAUCAGAAUAUCCUAAGCAGCCCUACUGAAUACUGUUUAUGAUACCAAUAUUCGUUGCCAAAUGUGGAAUAAACGCUGUAUUACAUUCUCCAACGUUCGAAACAGAACGGAUAAGAAAGUACAUAUUUUGGUAUCGUCUGAUACUUCGCUAUGGUGUUUGAACCCUUGAAGGGGCUGGAAAUAUGGACGUUUCCUUGAAAUUAAUAUUCAGUAAAAAUAAUUGAAUACUUCAAUUACCUGCAGGUUCUUGAGAAUAUUUUGAUUUAUUAAAUGCUUCACAAAGUUCCUAUUGGAUAACGGCAGUGUAUUAAGAACAUACAGCAUCACAAUAUCAUUAAACAAACCAGAAUAUCCAUGAACGUUUGCCAAGAUGGACUACACGAUGCGGGAUGGCUCUGUGCAAUUAGGCUAAGCUCACGAGCAGAAAUAUAAGAUACGAGCCGGAGUAAAUAGAGGCCUAAAUUUUUCUGUGAAGACAAAAAGCAAGUUAUUGAUUUGUAUAGAAUUUUUUUUCAGUGACGUGUCGUUUAACUGAUCCAUAAGUCUAAUAUUGGACUUUUAUUCACGUAUUAAUUUAUAAAUGUUUAAAAACAGACGGCACUUCGUAAGCUGGCUCUGCUUCCGUUAUUUACAGGACCCAACGGACAAGGCUGUAUGGAUUUUCCUGAUGGUGAAAGCCGAGUCAGAUUCCGAAACGUCUUACGAUUUUAAUUUUUUUUUAACUUCAUAAACGGAGCAAAAUGCCCAAGUACAUUCUUGAGUUCAAUAAAUUACUGGAUUUUGUCUCUACACAUAAUAUUUUAAAAUCCAUUAUAAUGACCUGAUAACCCAAACGUCCUUUUUGACAUCUGUUAAAUUUGCUCCAAGAAAGAUUUUUUUCAAUAUAAAAAAUGAGCAGACAGGAAUUAAAUACGUUCACGCUUCAAACUAUGUCUACAUUCAUUUUAUGAUCACAAAUUACAAAUGUCUGCGUUAUUUUUCUUGUGAAUGUUACGUACGCUUAUAAUACGCUAACAUUUCUCCUAUUAGAUUAUCUUAAUUAAUUUUAAACAUUUUCUGAUGUGGCGCAUUAACAUGUACGGUUGUUGGUGUCACGAUGAGAUUUCUAACAUACAAAUUUGGUAGAAUGCAUACGAGAAUCCCCGGACGUUUACAGACUUGCAUACAAUUUUGAGCUAAGAUUGUUAGCAGUACAAUUCACAUCGUCUGAAGAACAGUUGACAGAAGACUGAGCCUUUGUUCAUGUUCUCUACUGGGAGUCAGGCAACAGAGACAUAACAAGAAGUAGAAUGUAUCGGCUUACAAACGGAAAGAAGGCCAAAGAAUCAAAUGCAGACGUAAAGCGAUGGUCACGUGUUUCGUGAAACGUUUCCUUUCCAGACAAAUACAAUCAAACAGCAGACAGUUCCAUCUACGUGUUUAAGUGACCGGACAAGACGCUAACACUAGAAACAAACUCUUCUAUCGUAAAUUCAAAUUACAUUAUUAAACAAGAAAAUAUAGAUGUGACAAGAAAUUUGUUGUUAUACGAAGGAAAAACUAAAUACCCAACUCGAUGUGUUACUUCGUUAUUUCGGAUCAGAACCAAUAAUUAGAAUUAGAACAAAUUAUUGCUUAAUUGGGUACAAAUAUAUUUUCUAAAGUAUUAAAUAAUUAUUUUCUUACGAUAUAAAUUAAAAUGUUUUUACCCAGUUUCAUUAAAAUUGACGAUAUUACUAUACAUAUCACAAAACGUUAUUUUGUUUCAUAUUCGCAGUAGCACCUAACAUAUACGACAUAAUUUUAAUCGAGGAAAAAAAAAAGAGGAAAAUUUGCUGUAAUAUCUGAUAUUUGAUUAUUUGUUACAUUUUAAACCCAUCUACUUAUUGCUUUCAAAAUAAAAUAAUAACCUUGGUUUUUAAAUAUAACCUCGGGUUUUGAGGUCAUACCCAUUCAAGUCUGAUAUCUCUUAGUUUCUACUCACUUAACUUGUGAUUAAAUGGGAAUUUAAAUUUGGACUCAAACCAGAAAGAUCUUUAAAAAUGUCCUCGUACGACAUUGAACACGCAACUGUAACCAAUGACUGAAGCGGAGGAAAAUAUAGUGUCCUGCUAAAUUUGAUGAAAUCGUGUGCCAUCCAUAAUACGGUGAUAAAAGUUUGAGUUUCAAGGAUUGUUAAGAUACCUACAUAAAGCGUUUCUUCUUAAUCCUUCUUCCAGAACUUAUAAUAUAAGUAGUCUUAAGUACUUAAGUUACUGAAAAGACAGUGGCUCAGCCUGCAAUGCCAGACGUUACAAAUGCAUGGUAAUAAGACUGAACGUAAGUACCACGAAAUGGGUCUAAUUGCAGACCAUGAAUCUACUUUUAUAUAUGCUGUUAAUUUAAUUUUUCUAAUUCAUUAAAAAAAGUAGAUGGAUCGUAAGUUGAGUCGGCCAAGGACAGGACAGGAGAAACUUUCGUAAAUUUCGUGUUUCUUGUCAUUUACAGGGACAAGGGACAUUCCUAAUUAACCCCAAGAGAAAUUACAUCAAUAUCCUUAAUAUUUCAAUUUGUUAUUGGCUGCUUAUAUCAAUAAAAAUGUCCGAUAAUAACAUUAUUAUUAAUAUUAUUAUAUUUGUCAAUAUCAAUAAAAUGU